AUGUCCUGGAACCGGCCUCAGCUGAGGAGCGGCACCGAUCUGCAGCUGCAGUCGGCUUUCAAUGACGGACAAUGGGCCAACGCCAUUCGUCUCGCUGAGCAGCGAUUCCGGACCUUCAAGGAUCCUUAUUUUGAGGCCGUGAAAAUCUGCGCCGAGAGUCAGUUGGACUCACCGUUGGAGAAGGCGUCACCCUUCAUUGCUAUCCGGAAGCUGGUUCAGGAUCCGACCGCCGUGAGGGAUCCUGACACUUUGGAGCUGCUCGAGUGGGCGUCAGAGGAGUUUAUCGAGGACCAAGACUUUCCCGAGACCUUUGGCCCCCUGAAGCUGCGCUACGUCAAAGCUAAGCCCAAGGACAAAAAUGGUGGUACGAGAUGCCUAGAAUCAUGUCUGUUACACUGGGAUUUGGUUAGCGCGCAGCAAAUUGCAGCAGUGCUCGACAAGUCAUUCCCUCAAGAAAGAAGUUUUCUUUUCUGGAACAUCGCCAUUACUCAUCUGCUAGCGACCAAUGAGCAAUGCCCAGCUGGAAAGAAGCAGCUCUAUGGUAUGCUCGCUCUGAAGCAGAUGCAGCGUGCCGCGCAGUUUGCAGAACAGAGCGGUGCCGAGAAGAACGGCGAAGUCUCCGACCGAGCCAUCAAGACUGAAGAAGAGAUCCUUCUCUUCUACCGCAUUCUUGAGGCUCAUGGUUCUACGGCUGAAUGGGAGGCGGCUCUGAAGGGUCCAACCCUCAACCCAGUCUACCAAUUCAGGAAAGGACGCAAAGACUUGUUUCUGCAGGCGAUAGAAGUUCUCGAGCGCAAGGGACAGUGGAAAACUGUCUACGACCUGUGCAAGGAUUGUUUGUCAACUACAGACGAAAACGAAAAGCUGAGCCUUCUUGCUUGUGACUAUGCGGUGUGGAAGAAAUUCCUCAAUGCUGCUGGUCAGAUAGGACAAACCCAAGACAGGGCUUCGACCGAGGUUUCCGAACUCAUCAACCGCUUCCUGACUCAGGAGGGUGUACGGUCCAUCUACAAGCGCAACAUCCGUCUGGCAAAAGUGGAAGCAGCGUUUCUCUUCCCCAAUAGCACGCAGUCAAGCUCAGAUGCCAAGUCGAAAGAAUUUGAGGAACUGCGCCAGUACAUCGAGGUUGAGUGCGAAUCACCCGCCUGUUUCGACGACGUCAGGGGCUUUGUCGAGCGGCUACCGCCACAGCAGAUCAAAGCACUGGCAUACGAUUUCCUCAUUGGAUUGCCAGAAGAGUCUCAGGAUGCCGCGAGAUCAGCAUCUGUGAAAGUGCUUGCGUACAAGCUGCAGUACCUAGGACUAUCUUCACCGAAGACCCUCGUUCGUGUACCGAAUGAGGAUGUCAAGAAACCAAAUGACUGGAAGUGUAUCACUUGCAACACCACCAACAAGUCAUCUGCCUGCACAGCCUGUGUCAAGAAACUCCUGGAGUUGACUUUAACCUUGUACUCCUCCCUCAUUAACUCUACUGAAAUCGGCUACCUCGAUUGUGUACCGGAACUUGCUAUCCUUGCAGCAUCAUGCUGUGUGAGGCUGAGCGGCGCCCACGAGCGUGGUAUCGACAACCCUACCUCUCUUUCGAAGAACGGUAGACCUGACCGCUUACUUCAGGCUGCCCUCAUCAUCGAAGACCAGCUCACCAGAACACCAAAACAUACCCGACUUACACUGGUUUUGGUGCGCAUCUAUAUUGUGCUUGGCUGCGCUUCUCGUGCUCGCGAAGUGUGGGAUACCGCAGACGUAAAGCGCACUAUUAUUGAUUCGCUCGGCCCCUACUUCUUUGACCGCCUAUCAACCAUUGCGCCCACCUUGGUUCUUCCGCCAAACAGACCUGAAAGAGGGCUGAUGCAGGGACUGAAAUCCCACUACCGGGCAUCUCUCAAGUUGAGAAUGCCUAGAAGGCUGGCUGAUGCUUUCGAGGCCGAGAGCUACACUGCCAUUCUCGAUAUCCCUAGCUACACCGAGCGGCUGAGGUCAAGCUGCACCCUGGUGAUGGGCUAUGUGGAGGAGUCUCAAGCUGCUCGAGCGCUGGACAUCCGCAGCGACUCGAUCUUUGAAGAGCCGGCGAUUGAAGAAGUCACCGACAACUCUGUGCUGAACGAAGUAAUCGACUACGGAUCUGUGCCGAACCUCGAGGCUGCCUUGAGCCGCCCGAUAUACGACGUUCUGCGGCUAGGCCCUGAUCCAUCGAACCUGCGUUCACAUUUGGCUCUCGCUGCAGAAAGGUUCUUUGAGGUCAUGACAUUCAAGCCUGCAUCGUCUUACAAAGUGGCCAACGUUGCGCAGACGACUGCGGCAGAGCUGACCUUCGUCCUGGAAUCCCUCCAGCGGCUGGGCAACACCUUCAGCAGAUUUCUCCACGCUCGCGGGAAGAAUCUCACUCAGCAGGAAGAGACCUACUACCAAAUCAUUUCACUUCUGACCAGCCUGAUUCCCCUCUCCGUCUCAGCUAGUCGCAGCCCGCCACCUCCUGAGCUUCUAGCAAGCAUUGUGUCUGCGACCAAGUCGGGCCUGGACGUCCUUCGUGCGCAAGCACUAUCGACGCCAGCUGAUGCAGAAGGGUCCAAGGUCUUAUUGAUGCUGGGCUCACUCCACGGUCUGUCGAUUCUUCGCGAUGCUGCCGCCGCCGUGAAGCUGGCGACGUCUUACAUCACGACUUUCAACGAUCGCGAGAAGGAGAGGGACCGCUCCGGGCAGAGCAACGUGCCCAAGGAUGUGAUGGCGCAAGUUAAGGCUCUCGAGGCAGCAGCUAGCACGGCCUUCACCGAAGGCAAGACGCGAGUUGCUCUCCUGAAGCAGGAAAGCAACACACUGAAUGCCAAACUGAGCUCCUGGACAUUUGAGAUAGAGUCUGGGGAUGACUUGUCAAAACAAAUACGCGAGGUGGCAGGGUCUCAUGUUGGUGUUUGGUCACAGCGGGUGACCGACAGUUGGCGGUCCAAUGUGAAGGGUUGGGAAUCGGUGCGAUGGGAGUAG